AUGGCUGUCCAUGUGGGUGAAAGGCCCUUCAAGUGCGCGGAUUGUGGCAGGUGUUUUGGGCGUGGGUCGCACCUGGAGACCCAUCGGCGGCUCCACACGGGCGAGAAGCCCUUCAAGUGCAGCGCAUGUGGCAAGUCAUUCACGCAGAAGUCCGGUCUCAUCGUGCACGUCAGGAAGCACACCGGCGAGAGGCCGUAUAAAUGUGACAAGUGCAGCGAGGCGUUCCGCACCGCCGCUCACCUCCUCUCCCAUCAGGCCGUCGAGGCUGGAGAGGGCCGACACGCCUGCGCCACGUGCCGUGAAAGCUUCAGGACUGUUGCAGCGCUCAGGCAGCAUGAGAAGCUUCACAGAGAGACACAUGAUGCAGUCACACUCACAUGCAGCGUUUGCUGUGGUGCUUUCGCUUGCACUUCUGAAUUGCAAAGCGAGCUCCAUGACACCGAGUUCGUGUUUCACUGCAGGGUCUGCAACGUCAUUUUCACAGACAUGGCCACCUUCGAGAAUCACUGCGAGAAGCAUCAGAGAGAGGAAAGUGUUCAGAGAGUUGAGGAAGACGAGCUGGAGGAAGAUGAGGAAGAAGAAGAGGAAGAGGUGAGAAAAAGGAAGAACAACGCUCGUGAUCCCCCGUUUCGGCCGCACGUGGCAACUUCGGCGACGCGCUACACAUCUGAGGUCAGCACUCGGUCGAAAACCAGAACCAGGAGUAGCGCAGAGGGAGGAAACUGA